AUGCCCAUUACAAAGCUCAGUGCAGCAACAGCUCGGCUCAUCGGCUCGUCCGCCAGCAUCACGUCGCCAUACGCUGUCGUUAAGGAGCUCCUGGAUAAUGCCAUCGACGCUUGGGCUGAUGCGGUGGAAGUCGCCAUUUCGCCCAAUACGCUGGACCAGAUCCGUGUACGCGAUAAUGGCCACGGAAUUGCCCUCGAUGAUCUCGAUAGCAUUGGCCGGCAAGCCCAUACCAGCAAGCUGGGCUCGUUUGACGAGCUCACCAGUGGACAGGUGCAAACGCUCGGCUUUCGCGGCCAGGCUCUCGCCAGCAUCAACAACAUUGCCGCUGUGCACAUAAUUACCAAGACAACAGACGAGCCCGUGGCUACCAAGGUCCUACUUGCAGCGAAUUAUGGCGGUAUUGACAAGAGGUUUGCGCCAGUCUCGGCUCCUACGGGCACCACGAUACUACUCAGCGGCUUGUUCAGCAACAUGCCGCCCCGAAAGCAUUUUCUGCUGAAAGAAAGCAAAAAAACGACGGCAAAGAUAAAAGAAUUACUGACGGCGUAUGCGCUGGCCAAUUCAGACCUGCGGAUUACUUUUAAAGUGCUGGGCAGCGAGAAGCAGUCUUGCAAGUUUGGGCAGAUGAAGUUCCGCGACAUGAAGCAGUCGGUCCUCGAAGUCUUUGGAGCAACAGUCGCCGCCAAUGGGGAGGCGCAUCGAUUCGCCAGCACAGAGUCGCAGACCAGCAGGUUUACGCUGGUGGCAUUUCUGCCGAGCGUAAAUGGCGAUCAAAAAGUCACUGCAGGAAAGGGAUCGUUUAUUUCCGUCAACGGUCGGCCAAUCAGCUCCGCGACUGGAAUUGGAAAGGCGCUCACGGGUGUGUUCAAGACAAAGAUACAGCACAACUGGCAGCAGCGAAAUCUACCCACAGUGCAGAAGCCGCUUCUGCUGCUCGAGAUUCUCUGCCCGUUUGCAGACUAUGACGCAAAUAUAGCUACGAUGAAGGAUGAAGUUCUUUUCGCAGACUCGGGUGUCCUGCUACGCACACUCGAGGAACUGUGUGGAAUGGUAUACGAUAAUACAACGACUUUAGAAAACUCCACACCAAACUCAAUCAGCAGUGAUCGUGAUACAGCGGCUCUGGAUGGCUCAAUGACGCCACCCACGGAGAAGUUAGUGUCGGUGCAGAUGCGAACGACGUCCAAGGUCAACAUGCUCCGGACAAACAGCAACACAACGGAUGAGGAGACUGACUUUCAGGAGAUUGAAGUGAAAGUUCCAGAAAGGAGUCAUUUAGGAAGCAAAGAUGGUCGUGGCGGCUUGAAAGACGGGGUGCCAAAGUCAGUACGCGGAAUCGAACGAUACUUCCAACCGACUGGAGCCGAUUUCGAAAUUGCCACAGAUGAUACGGCAACACCCGAGCUACAACAGGGCAAGCAGAAUAGUAGCCCGGAUAGAAACGUUCCCAGAACGCUAGAGCGAAUGCCCCUGAACGAUGUACCCGACUCCGCGCUCAACAUUCUCGCUGGCAUCCACGAUUCGCCGUCGGAUAGUUCCAGCCGAGGUGAUGCGCCGCGUCUCAGUGACCUGCACGGCACGAGCUGGAGCAUCCAGAACCUUAUCCAUCAGCGUGCUCUAGAUAUCCCGUCCAGGGGCACCGCGACUUCGGCCAGCCCGCCGCAACGUCGGGUUCCACAAACACGAGGUCUGCCAGAGGGCCGGCGACAGGUCAUACAGCGUGCCCAACUGCCGAUGAUUCGCACGCCGCCGCCUUCUGACCCAACGCGAGAGGAGCCCCGUCUUGCGUCUGCUUUUGAUGUGAUAGAGCAUGGUAUCAGAGGGCAGCCGGCGUCGCCAGCAAGCAGCUCGAGCAGCAGCAUUGCCACUGUCAAGGAGGCUAGGCCCAGGGAGUGCCAGGAGAUGCCACAGAGAAAUACACUGCCAAUGAGAAGAACCUCGGCCGUCCGCCAGCCAUCCGACCAAGGCCACUGGCCACCACCAGGGAACGGCCCCUGGCGUGGCGGCAGCAGGAAUACGAAGGACCCAGUGAUGACCCCACGACCCCCGAGGGAGAUUCGAUGCUCUCAGACUCUGCUAGUCGUGCUCAUCAUCUUAGGGCGCACUUGCUGCGAGCUGAUGCUGUAG